UGCUGAAGUUAGCCCAGUGCUCUUCACCUAAUUUGUGUUUCUGCGUCCCCACACAGCUAAAGGAAAUGAAGAAGUUUUUCGAUGACAUUAAGAAGGAUAUCAAGUUUAAAUCAGCCGGACCUGGGAAGAAACUAACAGAAGAGGGCAGUAGCAAGUCCCAGGUGGUGCAGAGCAGCUCCAGUGCCAAGCUGCACCGCCAUGCUCCCAGUGCAGGAGCCCAGAUGGCAGGAGCCGCAGCUCUGGCCAGGAUUGAACAGCACCCACGGCCGAAGGUUCACACCUCUCAGGACGCCAUCAGGAGCCAGGUUAAAAAAGAGCUGGAGGCUGAGGCGGCCGCACUGGCUGAAAAAGACAAGGCAGCUGGAGCUGAGGGAUCCAAAGUGCCAGUGAAAGAUCCCACCUGUCUCUCAGUGUCAGGUGUGUAUUUCACCUGUCCACUAACUGGAGCCAUUUUAACUAAGAGUGAGAGGGAAGUACACAUUAAAGAGGCCAUUUUAAUGCGGUUCGAGGAGGAUGAAAUUGAGGCCUCUGUUAUGAUGAUGCACACGUUUAACAAGGACAGAGAGAAAGUGAAGGUUGCUGUGGACAUCAUAAGCAAAUACAUUGAAAAUAUAUGUAAGAAUCCCACAGAGGAGAAAUACAGGAAGAUAAAACUCAGCAACAAAGUAUUUCAGGAUAAAGUGCGUUCUGUGGAGGGCAGUAGAGAGUUCCUGCAGGCUCUAGGAUUUACAAGCAUUAUGCUUCCUGUAGAAGGUCAAGAGGAGGAAGAGGAGUUCCUGGUGUUGACAGAGCACAGUCCUGAUGCCCUGGAGUUGAUGAAGGAGAGGAGGGAUCGUCUUCUGAGAGGAGAGCCAGUCAGAGCUCAGCUGAACAGAGAAGCCCAAGCGUUCAGAGCCUCUCCCAACGCCAUGCGCUUUGAGCUGCCACCAGAAUUCUACAAUCUGACAGCAGAGGAGCUCAAGAAGGAGCAACAGCAGAGGAGUGAUUUGAUAGAGAAGAACGCCAUGCUUCGCACUAAAGCCAUGAGGGAGAAAGAGGAGCAGAGGGAGAGAAGGAAAUACAAUUACACCCUACUCAGGAUCAGACUGCCUGAUGGGAACCUGUUACAAGGGACUUUUUAUGCCUGGGACCGGCUUCCUGUGCUGUUCAGCUUUGUUCGGGAGUCGUUGGUGGACGGCUGGCAGCCGUUUGAGCUCAUCGCUCCUGGAGGUCAAAAACUACAACAGUCAGAAGAAGUCGCUCUCGCAGAGUGUAACUUGGUUCCAGCAGCUCUGCUCUCAUUUGCCUGGGAUGCAGCUGUGCAGGCAGAUAUUGCAGCAGCAGGCAGAAAGAGCCCCGCACUCCUUAAACCAGAGCUGCUGGAAAACAUUCGGACCCUGAACUGAGCGGACUGUCCCUGAACUCUCCCUGCUACCUCCCUCCCCGGCACCACCGGCGUGAAGUUGCCCCUUAAAAAAAAAUGACUAGCGAUAUGAUUAUUUUUUACCAAUGCUAACAUACUACUGUAUGUCAGUAGCAGUGUUAUAGACGAGGGGCAACUUCACUCUAAUGCGCUUAUUCUGCUGAGUCUCCUCAUACCCGUGUCUCACCUCUGAGGGGAUAAUGUCACACUGCAUUCUGCCUCCUGCUGAAGGAAACAGUAACAGAUGGAGAAAGCAAAAGACGUGUUGUUUUGUUGUUGCAUUCUGAAUGUACAUGCUGUGUAGUAGACAGACUGUGGCAGCAGCUCACCGUGCAACAGUCAACAUUUCAGGUAUACUUUACACGGCAACUAAUUAAACUACUUACCUGUGUC